AUGACUCAAGAACAAAUUUCAGUAUGUGUAUUUUGUGGAUCUUCAUUUGGUAAAGAUCCCAAAUAUGAAGAAAACGCUAGAAAAUUAGGAGAAACAAUUGGAUCAAAAAAUUGGGGAUUGGUUUAUGGAGGAGGAUCUACCGGUUUAAUGGGAGCAGUAGCUAAUGGUUGUUCUAGCUCUGGUGGGGAUGUUGUUGGUAUCAUUCCAAAAGCUUUGAUUUCAAGAGAAAGAAAGGAUGAAAUUGAUACAAGUAAUGAUGAAUCAGAUUCAUUAAAUGCUAAAUUAAAAGAAAGUAUAAAUAAUCAUGAUGGAUCUACACCUAUUCCUGAUUCAACCAAGUAUGGUAAAACUAUUUUAGUUAAUGAUAUGCAUACAAGAAAAAAAUUAAUGGGUCAAAAAACAAACAGAACAUUUAUUGCAUUACCUGGUGGAUUUGGAACCCUUGAAGAAAUUUUGGAGAUUAUAACUUGGAAACAGUUAUCAAUUCAUAACAAACAAGUUAUUUUAUUUAAUAUUGAUGGAUUUUAUGAUAAUUUCUUAAAGUUUAUAAAUGAUUGUGUUUCAAAUCAAUUCAUUUCUCCACAAAAUGGAAAAAUUAUUGAAGUAGCUACUACUGUAGAAGAAGUAAUUGAAUUGGUCGAAAACUAUACACCUACUAAGGGAACUUUCAAUUUGAAUUGGGAUACUACUUAG